CUCCUCCAUCGCUUGCUUCUGAUCAAAGCACCGUUCUCUCUCUCUCUCUCUCCCCGCCCCUGAAACUUCCGGAAACCUCUCCUAUUGAAGAGAAACUCUCGCCAUCGGCGCACGAUAACGUCUCCGAGCUUCCUAUAUCUCUGGAGCUGUCUCCCGUUAAUUGCUUUGCAGGUGAAAAGACCUCAGUGCAGUGACAGUUCGCUUGAAUUCUCUGUACGGUUUUCUCUUUUCUCGGAUUCACCGGCUCGAUCGUCGGAUGAUCUCUGCGUGCUGAGUUUGAUCCUCAAUUAUUUCUGGGUUGUACGAGCUAGAAAGGAGUUUGGCAGGAAUUUGGCAUGUGGGGAUAUCAGAGUGAGGCCUCAUCAAUUUACAAGCGUAUGUCUCCGUCGAAAGAUAGUUCAGGUUCAGUGGAUGGGGAAGCUAACUCAGGUUAUAUGCAAGAUAACACCAGUUUAGUAACUGCAGAUCCUCCAUGGAGACAUUCCUUGCCACAUGUGGUGGUGGCAACAAUUAUAUCUUUCCUGUUUGGAUACCAUCUGGGGGUCGUUAAUGAACCACUUGAAAGCAUAGCUUUGGAUCUUGGUUUCAGUGGAAAUACCCUUGCAGAAGGUUUGGUGGUAAGUACAUGUCUUGGUGGUGCUCUUAUUGGGUCUCUGUUCAGCGGCUGGAUUGCAGAUGAAUUUGGGCGUUGUAGGGCUUUCCAGUUGAGCGCAUUGCCAAUGAUAACCGGUGCCUCUAUAAGUGCAAUAUCCAAGACUUCAGUGGGCAUGCUUCUUGGACGGUUACUGGUUGGGGUAGGAUUGGGUAUAGGGCCCCCGGUUGCAUCUCUUUACGUGACAGAGGUCUCUCCAGCUCAUGUAAGAGGGACUUAUGGGAGCUUUAUACAGAUUGCAGCAUGUUUAGGGCUUAUGACAGCUCUAUGUAUAGGGAUCCCUGUUAAGGAAAUUAUUGGCUGGUGGCGAGUUUGUUUCUGGGUAUCUACAAUUCCAGCUGCAAUACUUGCUCUAGCAAUGCUAGUUUGUGCUGAGAGCCCCCAAUGGCUGUACAAGCAAGGAAGAAUUGCCGAAGCGGAGGCGGAACUUGAGAGGCUAGUAGGACCAUCACAUGUUAGGUUUGCAAUGUCAGAUUUGUCCAGAUUGGACAAAUCGGAUGCAAAUGAUACUGUGAAGUUGUCAGAGCUGCUUUAUGGACGUCAUUCUAGAGUGGUUUUUAUUGGAUCGACUCUGUUUGCUUUACAACAGCUUUCUGGGAUAAAUGCUAUAUUUUACUUCUCCUCGACUGUCUUCAAGAGUGCGCGGGUACCAUCAAAUCUUGCAAAUAUAUUCAUAGGAAUUUCCAACUUGACAGGGUCUAUAAUAGCAAUGGUCUUGAUGGAUAAAUUGGGAAGGAAGGUCCUCCUUCUUGGGAGCUUUCUUGGCAUGGCAAUAUUUAUGGCUAUUCAAGCAGUGGCAGCAAGCCCUUCUGUCCCAGCAUAUGCAGCUUCAUACCUUUCUGUGGGAGGCAUGUUAAUGUUUGUCCUUGCAUUUGCACUCGGAGCUGGUCCAGUUCCAGGUCUUCUGCUCCCAGAAAUAUUUCCCAGCAGAAUCAGGGCCAAGGCCAUGGCAGUUUGUAUGUCAGUGCAUUGGGUGAUAAACUUCUUUGUGGGCUUGCUCUUCUUGCAAUUACUGGAGCAGCUCGGACCUCAUCUCCUGUACUCCAUAUUUGCAACCUUCUGCCUGAUGGCAGUGAUAUUUGUGAAACGGAAUGUGAUGGAAACCAAAGGGAAGUCGCUCCAGGAGAUUGAGAUAGCCCUUCUCCCGCAAGAUUAAAGGUAGAAGCUGUCAUCCUCAUGCUGCCUGAUUUGGUUGAGAUGGAGUCAGAAAAUUUGCUGUCUGAAAUCUCGGCAUUGGUAAUUGUCCGAGGGAGGUUGCAGUUAGAAGGAUAUACACACAGCCAGUUAAAAGAAGAGAGGUGGAAGAGAUGGUUUCCUUUAUCCAUAAGAUAGUUUUCCAAUCUAAUUUGGUUAUUUGGCUCAGCAUUAGUCGUACAUACUUGUAUGUAGUAGACCAUCAAGUUCGCACCUUGGAGUCUAUUCCCAUGUAUUUAUCGGGGAGUCAAUUGUCGGCAAUUCCCAUUGAACUGCAGAUCCAUCUGAGUAUAGCUGAAAAUUCAUGGUCUUCUUGUCGUAAGUAUUUCAUAGUUCUUUCUUGUUCUGCUUUUUAUGUGCUUUGCCAAGAUGUACGUGGGCAUUAUGGGAAAAUUGUUCUGAUAGUCCGAACCUUGUGACUCUCGAUGCUUUCCUUUGUGAAUAAUGUUUAAUUCGGAAUUAAAUGUA